UCAUAUAGCAGGCAAGGCAAGUGAGGUGACCUAUGGGUAACCUACAAAAUACAGCGUUAUCGCCGCGCGAAAAAAUACCUUGCGGGCAUGUAAGUGACGUAGGCUUUACCUGGCCAGAGCUGCACAAACUGAAAAGGUAUGCAAAUUUAAAUUUCAAGGAUUGCAUAAAGAAUUCAGAACAUGUACGUGCUCUCACAACCCUCGGGCAGAAUCUACACGGAACUAGACCUACUAAGUUACACUUCCUUGAAGUGUCUUGAAAAAUAAGGUUGUUGUACAAGAGCAUAGUCUAGCAGAAUUCCUUGCAAUGUCUCUGAUCUAUAUGCUUCUGGUACUUUUUGCCGUGGAGUGUAAGGGGCAACCAGCAGUCGGUUGCCACGGCUCGGCAGACAAGUGGGUGUGCAGUCCAGUCGCAAACGUUGGGCACGGGCAACUUGCUGAUAUCCAGGCCAUGCUGAUCGCCCAACAGGUGCAGAUCAUGCGACUCCAGAAGGACUCGGAAAGUUGUACAUGUGACUCAGAGAUCAGUCGCCUGUCUGAUCUAUUGGCUGAACAGAGGAACAUCACAGAAAAUCUGAAGGAGCGAGUCACACAGCUUGAGGAGAUCACAGAACCAGUCUCUUGCCCUGCUGACUACCAGAAGUUUAACAGGACCUGUUACCGGUUCUCAACUGACAAGAAACCGUACAGCGAGGCACGGGAUACUUGUCAUGGAGAGGGCGGUAUCCUAGCAACAGUGAAGGAUGAGGAUACCCACAACUUCCUGGCCAAUCACGUGAGCUCUACAACUCAUCGAAACACCUGGAUCGGACUGAGUGACCUGGCGACUGAGGGACUGUGGGUUUGGGACGACGGCACCUUGCUUCUUGGUCAAGGAAUCUGGGGAACAGGUGAACCAAACGGUGGCAGAGGGGAAAACUGUGCUCACAUCUUCCCAUCUAAGAACUACCGCUGGAAUGACGGUCCAUGUUCCAGGUCUUACAACUACAUCUGUGAAAUCCGUGGCUAGACCAUAGCUACUAUACAGUGUUGUGACAAAUUACAUGUAACAAAUACGGCAUGGGCUUUUGGCACAAAUGUCACCUGUACAGUCUGCCAUAGACUGUGUAGUAAUAUAGUAGCAAUAUAGUAGCAAUAUUUCAAUAAAGUAGUAAUAUUGUAGCAAACCCACAAAACUGACAUAUUGUACAAUAUAUUUUACUCUCAAGCACUAUCCAUAGAUUCACAAGAUGAGAAAAUAAGGUUUAUUUCAUAAUGGCCCCCUGCCUUUAUGUUCCAUGGCACAACAGCAUUUACAUGUACUAGUAUGCUACAUGUAUGACACAGUUAACAUGUAAUGGCAGUAAAUCUAGCCAAGUAUCAUAUAUAAAAAAAGUUCUGGUGUAUGAAAUGGUUAUACCUUAUUGUAGUUUGAACUCUGCCUUGGUAAAUUUAGCCUAAUAAGGCUUUUGUUGCCUGCACUGACUGUCUCUUGAAAAUAGAACUGACUGGUUUAUAGGGUUUAUUCCUGGCAAGAUUGUUUGGGUAAAAUGCCUCUUGUGGUCAAUCUCAAGAUGCUUUAAAAAUCUCAUGUUCUUGAUACAUGUACUUUUGUCCCUUUUUUACAGACGUAACUCCUGUACUUGACAUUACUGACUAUUAGUAAAAUCACUGUAGAUGUUUUUAAUUUUGUGUUGGUUAUAUUUCAUGGAAGGAGGGAAAAAUGUUUUGACCAAUGUUUUGAAUUUGCUGUUGAAACAAUUCUGUAGUACAGAUUUCUAUAGUAAAAUUUUGUAGUACAUUUUGUACUAGUAAUACAUUUGCAGUUGAGAGUUCGCAAAAAUAAAACCCCUGUGAAAGUUCCCUCUGCAUUUACAGUAUAGUACUGGACUCUUUAAUAUCUUGUGUGCUCCCCAAAUCACAAAACCCCAGCCUAUAGUCUCUACUCUCUAGUCACAAAAAAAAGCAGCAUUUCCACACUAUGUGGUAAAUGUGAUGGUCUUCACGCAUGGCAAGAAGCAAAAGGCCUUCUGGCUCAAGCCUUUGGCCUGGUGUUCACGUAGACAAAAAGUGUGAUGAGCAGGACAAUAGCUCCGAGCACUGGUAGCACAAUUGUCACCACCUGUG